CUCCAGUCAGAGACGAACCGAGAGACCGGCUGCAGAUCAUACGGAACGAACCGAUUCUCUUCCCACACGCUGUAUAACACGUAUAGACAGAUAGACGGACGAAACGGACGGACAGACCGAUGGACGGACGCGCGCGAGAAGGACACGAGAAGUAAAAGAAAAGGAAGAAAAAUAUAGGAGGGUGCCCUAGAGGGAAAGAGACGCAAGGGCUGUCGAGUGUCUCCUCGUCCUCGCUAGGUCAUCCCGGUUUUCAUCCCGGUCUCCGUCCCGGUCAUGCCCCACGUUCUGGGCCAACUCCUCACCCUGGGGCCCCCAGCAGUGAACCCGAGCUAAGGACGUCACGUGAACAUCGCACGUUACCUGCUUUUUACGUUACUUUCGACAUGCGACUCCUAUCAAGAUACCACGGACGUCUUUCGCGCUGGAUUCUUUUUUAAGUCCCAAAAGUGAUUAUUCAUCUACGAACGUAAUUAAUCGCGUGUUUGUGUCUCUGUGAAGUAAGUGUACGAUUUUUCGAUUGGAUGUGCGGUGACAAGGAUUGACGGGAGCCUAAUCAUUGUGAUUAUACGUGCUGUCAAAUAGAGCAAAGACGACCCGAAGAAAUCUUAUUCGAUUAACCUUCGAAUGAAUCGAAUAGGCGUGAAUCUCUUGGCACGGGAUGAAGAUCUGUAAAUCUAGUCAGACGUAAGGAUCAGUGAUAACGAAGAUAAGAGGUGCCUGUGAAGAAGUGAACUUUGUAUCCUGCAGUGAACCGUUAUCAAUGGUGCAUGUAAUAACAGUGACUCGAACAGUGAAAGAUCGCCGAUAGUCGCGCAUGGAAUCGAGAAAUUACCAAUCAGUAAUCAAUUUGUCGAUUGACGCUAGAGAUAACGUUAGGAGGCAACCAUGGUUACUCUGGACACAGAACAGAAGCCUGAAAGGCAGCAUUGCGGUCGUCGCAUGUGCGCCAUAUGCAGACGCAUCAAACGUGAUAAAGCGCUGAAAGUGAAGCUGAUGCUGAGGCGACCGAUCAAUCAGCUGGUCGCACAGGGUAUCAUGCCUCCCUUGAAGACACCGCCGGCCUUUCACGAGCAACGGAAGCAGCUGGAACGCGCGAAAACGGGUGAUUUACUCAAGGCGAAGAUACAGCAGCGACCUGGACGAGAUGAGCUGGUGAGACAACAUAUCCUCGAGGACGUGGGUCAUGUCGAUCCGAGUCUUGCCGAAAGGCAACGGAUGCUCAAGAAGGCCCGAUUGGCGGACCAGUUGAACGAUCAGCUGAGUCAUCGACCGGGACCACUAGAACUUAUUCAGAAGAACAUUCUACAUACGGAAGAGCCUAUCGAGAGGGCGGUUAAAGAGGGUCACAUUCCCUUCAAGGCCACUUGCGAGGGCCAGGUUACCAAACCCCAACACCCGGACCACUAUAUCACCUUUGAGGAUGACUCGCAGAGUUCAGAAGGUGCACCCUCGCCCCAACUGGAAUCCCGAUCGGACGUCUUGGAGACGGCAGCGGCGUCUGCUGGUAUCGUGACUGUUUCCUUGAGCAUCCCGACAACCGGUGGAGCCGUCGUGGUGACCUCCACGUCCCCAGUCUUCCAGCAGGCUGCUGUUGCGGCUGCGACCUCUGAACCCACGAUACAGACCUUUGCGGAACUCUGUAACAGUGUCGUUGGGAAUCAGCAAGCCGGACAGCCGACGAGUCAGCAACAGCAGCCACAUCAACAUGCAUCCACUCAGGCCAGUCAAACAAACGGACCGACGGCGACGCUCCUACCACUGGCACCAGCGCCCAGUCCCAUGUCCCUGGGCUCGACGACCUCCAGUUUGAGUCCUUUAUCGAAUAUUUCGAUAGCCUCGCCCCCAGCUCCACCCCCAGCAGUAAUAACCCCGAGGCCACAACCAUCUCCAAUAGCUGUUUCUGCCUGUCAGCGUAGCGACGCUCCCGGCAAGGACAAGAACCGGAAAAAGUCAAAGACCAAGAGCCAGCCUAAAACGCGUACCAUCAAAUUCCACGAGUACAAGGGUCCGCCAAACGCGCAAAAGACGUCGGUCUCGUCUACGACUUCCGGUCUCGGCUCGGCACCCCCAGGCGAAACUAGUUACGAACUGCUUCUGCAGCAACAGCAACUAUUUCUUCAAUGGCAGCUCGAAUGGCAGCAUAAGUACCCGCAAAUAAUUUUGCCAGCUGCACAGAAGCCUUUAUCGUUGAACAGUAGCGGAGCUAGUGACACGGGAAGUGUUAGUGGAAGUAGUGCAAACGCACCAAGUCCCGCUCCCUCGAAUUCCUCGACAAACCCUUCCGAGCAGCCACCCCUUAGGCCCCUUGGUAAAUUGGAGGAUAUGAAAGUGAGUGACCUUAAAGUGGAAUUGAAGCGGCGAAAUCUUCCAGUUUCCGGUUCUAAGCCUCAACUUAUAGAGAGACUCAAACCCUUCACGGAAUCGUCGAGCACUAAUUCGAACAGUAAUUCAAAUGGACCGCACGUUACGCAUAUGGGACAUAUUCUCAUGGAUACUCCUGGUCCCAUGACUUCUGACGAGUCCAGUUCACAAGCCAAGAGUCCCGGAUCUCCUGUAAAGGAUGAGCCAACUAGUCCUAGAACGGAUUCGCCACCUGGGAGUGAACAUGACGACCCAUCGAGUCCACCAGGCGACGAUAUUAUCAAAGAGCAAAGGAAACGAAUCGAGGAACUUCAAAGGGAACUGUAUAAAUCCCAGCAACAGCUUCAGCAAAUUCGACAGACUCAGCCAGCGACAGUGCGCGCGGAGAAGCUUGUGCUGCAGCAACACAUACAAAAUAAAAUGCAACAACAACAGUUGGCGUUGCACUUACAACAGUUGCAACACUUGCAACAGCAGCAACAACAGCACCAGCAGCAGCAAAGUCAGGCUCAGCAACAACAGCAACAGCAGCAACAACAACAGCAGCAGCAGCAACCACAGCAGCAAACUCAACAGCAAACCCAGCAGCAACACGCAACUUUCCAGCAACUUAACGCUAAGGCUAGUCUUGCCGCCUUUCUUCAGGCUCAGCCUAACAACACUACAGCGAUAUUGGAUUCCGCUACUUUAACAGCCAUUAAUAAUAAGAAGAACCAGGCUAAGAACAAUGCCACAGUUCAACUGCCUGCCGCCAUUGUACUGAACCUAGCCAAACCGACGAAACUCAAUGGAUCUCUUCUGGGCGCCCUUGUAGCCCAGGCGCAGGCUCAACAGCAGCAACAACAGCAGACUACGGCUGAGGAGGGAAAACCACCGCCACCUCAGUACGACGAAGCAGCAAAAUUGUUGAAGGUCAAGAUCGAGCCUGUGCAGAAGAGUCACAUAAAGAGCCAAGUCGUUGAUGACGUUUUGGAGAUUCUUAUAAAGAACGGAGAACUGCCCCCAAGCGCGGCGCAGGAUCCUGCAACGCCAACGAUGACAAAUCGACAGUUACAACCAAAUUUGGUGUUCACAGCGCCUGCCGACAGUCCCAGUCAGUCGCUUGUUUUUACAACAACGAGUCCCAUCAGUCCUAUCAGUCCUAUGGCGAUGGAAGUUUCACAAAGUGGCUGUCCAAGUCCUCCAGCGCCACCGCCUCCACCACCUCCGCCAUUACCCUUAGCUACAUUCUCAGUUCAGUUACCCUCGGCUCUGCAACAACAACAGCAGCAACAGCAACAUCAAGAGGAAAUUCCAUCAUUCAGCGCGGAUCUACUCAGCUCUGAAGUAGAACUUAAUGCAGCAAUGUUAUUGAGUCCUCAGUCUGUUCAGCAAGGAUCACCGGAUCCUCAACCGGCUCAGGAAGUUACGUCAUCAGAUAACACCAAUCUAGAUUUGAAGGAACUUGGUUUAGAUUUGGAAACCCUAGACACCAUGGACUUUGGUCAAUUAGAUUGCGACUUAGGUGUUAAGAUGGAAGCUCCCCAGGAAUUAAUGGAUAUCGGUGACAUGCCUAUGGAUAUGGACGAUCCUGAUUGGUUGGAUUCACUCAUGCCACAGUCACCAACAGCCUCCACAACGAGCACUUGUCAUCACACCACACCGGCAGUGACUCAUUCAUCGGGAGUAGAUCUCUACGAUCCACUCCUGGCCAAUAGUCAGGAUCCCUUUGAUCUAUUCACAAUGGAAGAUUCGGACUUCAAAAUACCUUCCGACCUUUCUCUAACGUGGGACAAAGUUGACUUUGCCACUUAGCCCCAAGUGUGCCUCUAAAAUUGGGCCUUUUGUACUUAAGAGCUCAAAAUGGGACUGAUUAGUAACUUUGAGCCUCAUAGGAAGUUUAUCCGGAAGAACGGGAUAGAUGCAAAGGCAAGAAUGAUUUUUCGGCAGAAUGAUCGUACCGGACCAACUUGUAGCGCGUGUCGCGUGUACUUAAUGAGAAAUCACGAGAAAAGUAAUAUAGGAUCAGUCUUAGGAUUUUCAAAUAUUCACAAGCUGGGCCUUACCUUAGUUAAAAGCGCGCGGGUCGACGUUGUACACGACUACUAUUGUAUAAUUUUCCACUGAUUCGUACAUCAUCCUUCCUCCUAAUCCUAAUCCUGAUCCUUAUCCUUUUCAUGCGUUUCUUUUUAUCCUUUCUAAAAAGAUAAAGAGAGGAAAUAGCUACAGGACCAUAUGUAUACAUACAUAUAUAUACGCAUAUAUAUCACUACAUCAAAAGUUCUCCAAAGAGUCCUUCAUCCACCCUUAAUGAACUCGCUUGAAUCGCAAUCUUCUCUCCGAUUCAUGCGAAGUAAAUUAGGUAGUUCUACUACUCUAUUGCCCAGCCUACAAAUCGUGUGUUGCUUGAGUUUUUUAACAGCGGAUAGCGUGUGUGCUAAAAAAAAAAAAAGAAGUAAGCAAAUUGAGAAUACGAUCCUUAUAGCGAUCUUCUCAUAUGCCCUCCCUACGAAUAAUGGAUCAUAACAUAAUCGCGUAAUACACAUAUACAAGAAUUAAUAUAAUUUUAUUAAUUGUAAAAAUACACUACGUAGAUACAUAGAAUAUAGCUGUAUACUUGUGCCCAAGAAUCCAAGGAACUCCCACGGUUCCAGGUGCCUCAAAAGGACUCACGGCGAGUUCCUUAAGGAUUCUAGGGUGCAGUUUAAAACGAAAAGAGGACGUACUCGUUAAGCCCGAUGUAAUUUAAGGAGACGCGGAUGCCACGAACUUAACCAUUAAGAUAUCAGGUAUAAAAGUGCGUCUGGCGUCUCGGCGCAAUUAAAAGCAUAAACGCAACGGGAUUAAGAAGGGAUGGACGAGUGCUUAGAGUGCUACCACAAUGUUUUAGAGUGUCACAGUGCUAGAUUGCGUAAGACGCUGUUACGCUUAGCGUAAACGGUAUGUUCGCAGAGAGUUCAGAAGAGACGACGUGGAUAGUAGGGCCAUGCGAAUGGUCGUUAUUGUUUCUCAUCCGAGGAUCGCGAAUCCCCUCUUUCUCUUUAUUUUAUUUCUUGAUACUUUUCUUUCUUGUCAUUUUGUAACAUUCCAUGUUUUCAAACUCGAACGUCCAACGAGAGAUGAACUUUCUUUAACGUAGAGAAACCUGCUUUAGUAAUACGUCCAUUAAUGACGAUUCUGACAAUCAUCCACGUCGUCUCCAUGUUCUCUUUCAUAUAUCCUUGAAUUAAUUGAUCGUGCACUUUGCUAUCCUUUCAACGAGCAUUGUCUUAUCAUGUAUUAUCGUACCUACUACACAUCUCUUUCUCUCGUUGAAAUCCUCGAAGGUGCUAUCGUUCCGGCACGACGGGUUGCGACCAGGCACUGACGGUUCUUUUUUUCUUUUUUUUUUUUUUUUCUAACCAUACAAUUGCGAGAGACAUUCGUAAGCUCAUGACGCAAAAUAUUCAUCGUCUGUACUGUUGCAUACGCUUUCUCUCUCUCUUUCUUUUCACUUUCGAGAAGAGCGUGCACGGCCAGUAUCUGGCGGGGAUCUACGAGCAGAUGGAAAAUUGGUGCAAGGAGACAGAAGACGAAUCAAAAAGAACAUUCCAGAUCAGUACUUCGGAGAUUUAUUCGCGUCUCCGGGUGUCCAACACCCUUCCCUCAAAUAUUUUUUUUUGCGUUUCACUUUCUUUGCGUUUCCAACCAAGCUUCUUGCACGGCUUUUCCAUCCACUGUCCAGCCGAAAGGUGUUGCGUGGUUCACAGUGUCGACGCAUUUAAAGGAACCGGACAGAGACUGUGUAGUCUCUUUAGCUGCAUUUACAAAAUAAUUAAAUAGAGAGGAACAAUCGAUGAGAGCGAUUGGGUCGUGAGUUUUUGGUAGGACGGAGAGAAAGAAAAAUGGAGAGAAGGUAGUAAGGUUGAGAGCUUUGGUAAAUGAAAGUAAGGAUGAGAGCUACAUUGAGAAAGGAGAUUGAGUAGUGAUGAUAUCAUUGAUUUUAAUUAAUCGAAGAUAAGAUCCCGUGAGCACCGUGUCGCUUCGUCGGCACCCGUUGCCAUGACAAUAAGGAUUUUAUUCUUCUGUAAAAUAUUGUAAUAUAUAUAUAUAUAUAUAAUAUUAUACAUACAAACGUAUAUGUAUACGUACAUGUAAAUCACACAUAAGACCAUUAUACAUAUACAAUUAUGUUAUUUGCGAUCGAUCGUCAAACGAGACGAGCGUAUGUAAUUAACUUAGAAUUCUUUCGUGGAAUCGUUAAUCAUGAAUUCGUUGAUGAUUGAUUUGAUAGGCUGUGCGAAUCUUGGUAGUCCGCUACCGAAUGCGAGGUGCAUGCUUUCUAUUAUCCUUGAGCGCGAAAAGGCGCGUGUGUGUGUGUUUGUUUGUGUGUAUGUGAGAGAGAGAGAGAGAGAGAGAGAGAAGGCGAAGGAGAGAGUGAGAGUAAUAAGACAGCGAGGUGUGUCUGUAUGGCUGGAUGCACGUAAAUGCAAUUUAAAAUUUGCGUACUUGCAUGCGUAUCUGUGUGUGGAAGUGUAUGGAAGGAAGAGCAUGUUCGAGUGACAUUCACUUAGCUAAGCAACAAUUGAAUUGUAAUUGUAAUGACGUACUUCUAAGUAAUGAUCAAGUAAUUACUUGCUAGAGAGAGUGUUAUUUAUUUUUAUUUGUUGCAAAUUUAUCGAUUGCCUUCCAUUUGAGUAAAUAAAUAACUAAAAAGUUA